AUGAGUCAAGGCGCCUGCCAAGGCUCUUCCCAUACCUCAGAAACAACCGCUGAGCCGCUUGAACACUCAGAGCACUUCCAGCAGGUGCAACGCUUUCGACAUCAACACGGUAUCCAGGUCGAUCGCUUCUUAACAAGGCGCGAUGGCUACAAGAGCGUGUUCGAGAGCGUUCCGUGGGACCUCAUACCGGACCCUAUUCAAGCGUUCGUGCCGGAUCUUUUCGAGCGAUAUCCGCAGUACAGCGACGUUCUCGAGCAGGUCCUAGGCGUGCUUUCGGAGCACUUUGGCGCUACGUCACCUACCGCAGUCCAGUGCCAGGCGGUACCGUUGCUUCUUGAAGAGGCUUUCGACGUACUCACCUGUGCACCCACAGGAAGUGGCAAGACACUUGCAUAUCUUCUUCCGCUGUUCCUCAAGAAGCAGUCGGGGUUGGUACUCGUUCCCACUCGGGAGCUUGCCGAGCAGGUAACGCGAGUUGCAGCACAUUUCUGCGGACCUAGAGGCGUCCUUACGCAUGAAAUCCGCCGACUUUGUCAACCGAGUGACGUAGCCACCUGGUGGCAAGGCAGCGGUGAAUCACCGGCAUCCACAAAUCGUAAGGCAAGCAGCGAAACAGCGACUUCUGUCCAACGUCCAGCGUCGGGACCUGUUCUUGUCGUGGCGACGCCGUUGACGGCGAUCCAUGCGCAUGAGUAUGGUGCUGGUCAAGCAUCGGGGAGCGCCAGGUCUCCGUUUCCAGCGCCUUGCGAGACGAUCAUUCUAGACGAAGCUGAUCGUCUGUUGGAACCCUCGCUGGUGCCGACAGUUGAUCGGAUUCUGCGCAUUGUCCUUGAAGGAUGCCAAAAUGAGGGCGCAUCCAGCAAACGACCACGCAUACACUUCUUUUCUGCCACGAUGCCACCCAAUGCGGAUGAACUUGCUCGCACGGUGUGUGUCUCGCCGCUGCGAAUCAACAUCGAAGCCAAAGGUGGUAUGACCCGAACCGUUGCCUCCGUGGAGCAGCGGCUGCGGUUCUGUGGCUCAGGAAGCGAUCAGGGCAAGCUUCUUGCGCUGCGUCAGAUGGUCCUCGACGGGUACGAGCUUCAGCCACCAGCGCUCAUCUUUGUGGCAACUCAACGAGCCUGCGAAGCUGUAGCGAAGGAGCUCCGCUUUGCACUUCUGCAGCAUCUCAUGAAAACUACUGCUGGCAUUCCGCAAAUUGUGCGUGAACGACAGGCCAUGCUCCUGGGUACUCGAGUAGCUGCACUGCAUGCAGCCCGAGAUCGGGAAACACGGCGCCAGAUCUUGCACCAGUUCCUAGUUGGCCAAAUAUUUUAUCUAGUCUGCACGGAUCUCGUAGCGCGCGGUAUUGAUUUCAAGUGCGUGAAUACAGUGGUGAACUAUGAUAUACCCGCAGACGGCGUCACUUAUGUGCAUCGCAUUGGACGCGCUGGCCGGAACGGUCGCACCGGGAAAGCAAUCACGCUUUUCUGUGCCGAUGAGGCAGCGCAGGCGCGCACGUGUGCGCAUGUGAUGCGCCUCAGUGGCCAGAAUGAGUCUGUGCCUGAGUGGCUGCUCGGAUUGCCGAAGAAACCACGGAACAAGUCCAAGUCCAGGGGAAGCAAGCGAAAACAUCUCGAUCGAUCAGAGGGAAUGCGUGGAUGA